GAAACACCAUGCUCAACCUGCUGCGAGGCAAGUCGUCGGCGACAGUAAGGCCAACCUCGAUGUCACAAUCGGAGAAGCGAACAUGGACGCAUGUGCUGUCGGGACCUCAAAGCAUGAUUUCCUCGCGAAGCUUCAAGGAAGACCCAGCGUUCCUCCUUCCCAUGACAAUCUACUUUGGAUCUCAAACAGGUCGUACAGAAGCGCUUGCCAACAGACUUCAGCACGCCGCCAUCCGUUGCGGCAUGCGUUCCAAGGUCAAGGAUCUGUACCACUUCGACCCUGACGAGUUGAACAACGAAUCACUGGCAAUUUUCAUCGUGGCCACGUAUUCUGGCGGUGGCGCCACCGACAACGCCGCCCAUUUCUACUUUUGGCUCCAGAACCAAAAGGACACCCGGUCGUUCAAGAAGGGUCGACGGCUUCGGAGUCUUCGGUACGCGGUGUUUGCAUCCGGCGACACGAAGUACGGCAUCAACUUCAACGAAUUUGGCACGUUUGUCGAUUCGAAACUCGAAGAGUUUGGAGGCACGAGGCUCAUGCCAUGUUGCCUCGGCGACUGUCAUGCCGGUCUAGAACAAGUCUUCACGUCUUGGGAAGCAGAUAUCUUCCAAGCCAUCGGCCUCUCCGCCACCCACUCGGCUGCUUCGGCCAAGCACACCAACUCGGUGAUCCUCCCGCCCAGCGUCCCCCAUCGCUUCGUUAUCAUCGACGUGGUAGAACCCCGCGCCCCCGACCGGCGAAACCGGCACCUCGACACGUUUGUCCCCAUGCCGGACGCGACCAAGUUCUUCAUCCAGCCCAACUUGGUUCUGAACGACGUGGUCUAUGUUGUGUCUGAACCCAAGCCCGCGAUGCUCCACGUGGAUCUAGCCAUGUUCGUCCCCCCGUUCAUCUACACCACGGGCGACCGCAUUCGCAUCUAUCCAUUGAACCCUGCUGUGUUGGUAACGGCCGUGGCCACACGCCUUGGGUUUUCGCUUGGACAGACGGAAGAUCGCUGGAUCCAGCCCAUUCCUUUGACUCCUCCGUGCGAGUACUUCCAAGACCCGUUUCCCUCCCCCACGCGCCUUGUCACGGUCUUACGACAAUACUACGAACUCAUUUCCGUACCGCCAGCGUUUGUGAAAACGUUGGCCUGUUACGCCACCGAUGCCAACGAAGCCGCCACACUCGAAAGCCUCGCCGCAGACCCCGCCGCCUUCCACGCGUCUCUCUCGGGGUUGACGUUGGCUGGCGUGUUGCGGCAGUUCCCAUCGGUGCGAAUGUCCUUGGAUGCGUUUCUGCAUACAGCUCCGCGCAUGCAGCCGAGGGAGUUUACGAUCGCGUCGUCCAACUUGGUCAACCCGACCAACAUUCAUAUUUGUCUGGAUGUACCCCCUGCGACCACGUCCUUCCAGAACCCCCAGCGGUCGGACGGCAUGUUAGGCGCUUGCUUCAUGGAACUGGACGUCAUGCGCCGCAAGAAACCGUCGUCCGUGCUGGAUCCGAUCCACGUUCCAAGGGUGCGGAGUGAGCUCGUGCCGCCAGCCGACAUCCCGUGGCGAACGCUAGGUCCCUCUCCCGUCACAUUCAUCGCCACGGGCGCCGGCUUCGCGCUGGUUCGAGCGCUCAUGGAAGACCGAUGUGCGACCCCCGUUGACACUAAAGUUCGGUCGAAGCAUGUGCUGUUGUACGGAUGCCUCACCAAGACGUGUGUGCCGUACCAGAACGAAGUCAAGUUUUGGCAGGCCUCGUUUGACCUGCGGGUUGUGCUGGCGUGUUCGUCGGACAAAGUCGUGCCAGACGCCGACGCCCCCCAUCGCUACAUACAGGAUGCGGUGGAAGCCGAGGCCAGUGCCAUAUUGACCGACCUGGAUGACCACCAAGGCUCUGUCUUUGUGUCUGGGUCCGUGUCCAUGGUCGCAGACGUCAAGAAGAUACUGGUUCACGCAAAAGCAAGCCAACUCAAGCUGUCUGGGGCUGACGACGCGGACGUUUCGAGCAGGUGUCAAGUGUGGUUGCUGGAUCUCGUCAUGACGGGGAGGUAUGUGGAAAGGACGACGUUCGUAUAAGAACAGGGCGCUUAAGUUAUGAAGAGGACGACUAGUUUGAUUCAAGUAGUAUUGGGUUAAGCCGCUUUGUUAUGCUCUUGUUGACGCAGCCGGUCUCGCUUGAUAUCUCGGAUGACACCUGCUCGCAUUUCCUAAGCCAAGCAGAUCAGCAUAACGGCAUGAGGGGCGACGAAUGCCUACCUUCUUCUCGCGCUUUUGCAAGUCAUGGACAUAAUAGAUCACGCCAGCAGCACCGACCACGAUCGUUCCGAAGAAGGCCGCAGCGCCUGAAGGCCUUCGC